UUUGGGGCCAGGGAGGUGACGGGGCCGUGUCACUGCAGGAUCUGAUAAGGGUGAGAUGCCUGCAAAGAGAAUUCCUCGCAGAUCAUUAUUUAUACCUCUGCCUGCGUCACUGGUAAACAUCUGGAUUCGCUCCAGACGUUUUCAUCCGCUCCGUUCCGUGGGCUCUGAUGCAGAUCUGGGUCGCAUCCCUUUGGUCGUAUGGUUUUGGCUGAAAUUUGGGAACGGAGGCCGUUUUGCUUUUUGGAUGGACCAGCAUCCCGACCUCUCUGCACGCGCUGCGCCGAGCUCCGCGAGGUUUCUGAUGGCUCAGCCCCACUGGACUCGCCGGAGGGUGCCAUGAACUGAGCGUCCAGCUCCUUUUCGUUUGGUUUCCCUUGGUUCUUCAUCGCUCCCUCUCCAUCCCCUCCUCCCCCCCAAACAUUUUUCAUGAGAACAUUUUAAAAGGGGGCUCCUCUCGCGCUCCCCCGGGUGACGCUGUGCUGCUGCGGUGAGGAUCUCCUGAGAAGAUGGGGAGGAAAAAGAUCCAGAUCCAGCGGAUCACCGAUGAGCGGAACCGGCAGGUGACCUUCACCAAGCGCAAGUUCGGCUUGAUGAAGAAAGCCUACGAGCUGAGCGUGCUGUGCGACUGCGAGAUCGCCCUGAUCAUUUUCAACCACUCCAACAAGCUGUUCCAGUAUGCCAGCACCGACAUGGACAAGGUGCUGCUCAAAUACACCGAGUACAACGAGCCCCACGAGAGCCGGACCAAUGCGGACAUCAUUGAGACGUUAAGAAAGAAAGGUUUUAAUGGCUGUGACAGCCCGGAACCCGACGGAGAUGACUCGAUAGACCAGAGCCCCUUGAUGGAGGAUAAAUACCGUAAAGGCAGCGAGGAUCUGGAUAUCCUGUUCAAGCGAUACGGUUCUGCAGUGCCCACGCCAAACUUUGCCAUGCCAGUGACGGUUCCUGUGACCAACCAGAACACGCUGCAGUUCAGCAGCCCGGGCAGCUCGUUGGUGACCCAAUCCCUGGUAACCUCAUCGCUGACUGACCCCCGGCUCCUCUCACCACAGCAACCAGCACUGCAGAGGAACACCGUGUCCCCAGGGUUGCCGCAGCGGCCAGCCAGCGCAGGGGCGAUGCUUGGGGGUGACCUGAACAACACCAACGGAGCUUGCCCGAGUCCUGUGGGCAACGGCUACGUGAGCGCUCGUGCCUCCCCUGGUCUCCUUCCCGUCUCCAACGGCAGCACUUUGGGCAAGAUCAUCCCAGCCAAGUCCCCUCCACCACCACCCCACAGCACGCAGCUCGCCACCAACAGCCGCAAGCCGGACCUGCGCGUCAUCACCUCGCAGAGCGGCAAAGGGCUGAUGCACCACCUGACGGAGGAUCACCUGGCUCUGCAGAACACACAGCGGUUAGGUGUCUCCCAGGCGACUCACUCUCUAACCACACCGGUUGUUUCUGUGGCCACCCCGAGCCUGCUGACACAGGGGCUGCCGUUCUCUGCCAUGCCGACUGCGUACAACACAGAUUAUCAGCUGACAAGUGCUGAGUUAUCUUCACUGCCAGCAUUCAGCUCACCUGGUGGGUUGUCCCUUGGCAACAUCUCUGCCUGGCAGCAACAACAACAGCAACAGCAACAGCAGCAGCAGCAGCAGCAGCAGCAACAGCAGCAGCAGCAGCAGCAACAACAGCAACAGCAGCAGCAGCAACAGCAGCAGCAACAACAACAGCAGCAGCAGCACCUGGUUCCUGUAUCACUAGGAAAUUUAAUACAAGGAAGCCACUUGUCGCACACCACCACUUUGACUGUCAACACCAACCCCAACAUCAGCAUCAAGUCGGAGCCCGUUUCACCCAACCGGGAACGAAACACUGCCACCCCACUCAGCACCUUCCCCCACCAGCCCCGCCACGAGCCCACCGGCCGCUCGCCUGUCGACAGCCUCAGCAGCAACACCAGCUCCUACGAGGGCAGUGAGCGAGAUGAUCCCACUCGCACCGACUUCAGCUCCUCCCUGGGGCUGCUGCGCCCUGGCGGUGAGGCUGAGGGGGAGAGCCCUUCAGUGAAACGCAUGCGGUUGGAUACCUGGGUCACAUAACGGGUCCCCGUCAUCCCCAGGAGCGCCGCUGGCUCGCAGCGGGGAGGGGAGGGGGGGGGGAGGGGAGGAUUCUGGGGACAAAAACGGGUUUUAGGGGUUGGGGUGGGGAGAUUAUCAUAAACUGCCUGAGAAAUAGCUUUAGGAUUUUGUAGGCAUUCAUUCUAGCACAACGGGCGACGCACGCAGUUCGUACAGCUGGGAGCUGUGAGUUCCAGGUUGGGUGGCAAGGAAGUCAAAGGGAGAGGGAUUGGAGCUGGGGGCUGUGGGGCUGCGCUGGUGCAGCGAUGCAGGCGCUGAGCAUCCCUGAGGGCCUCCGCACAGCCUGGGCAGGAGGGGAUGGUUCAGUCCCAUGGGACAAGGCUGUGUGCUGCAGCGUUGCUUGGAGGUGUAGGGGGAACACGAGACAGGUUUAAGGCUUGAUCUUUGCUGUUUGGGUGAGAGGUGGUUGUGGACAUCAUCAUCUUUCCCUGCAGAGAAGGGGGCACCGCUGCUUCUGGCCACAACCAUCCAAAACCUUCAGCCACCUCUGCUGAGGUCCCACUGAGCCCCGCAGGGUGCUUGGCUGAGGCAGGGCUGGUUUGGGAGAAACAGUCGUUUUACCAAAAAAAAAUGCUGCAAGUGUGUCUAAAAUGCAUUCCCUGUUCUGUAUGGGUCGAAGCUUUAAGUUAGAAGCUAGGAGUAAAUCGUUGUUAUUUAAGGAUUGCCACUGAAAUAACGUCCUUAGGGAUUUUGCCUGAAGGCCUCGGGAGGAGUGAACUGAGCUGCACAGGAUCUCUGCAGCAGCCUCAGCCACCUGGUUCAGUGGAAGGAAAAAGGGCACGAGGGAAGCAGGGGAAGUUCUGGAGCUGCUUUGUGGUGCCAUCUCUGCCCCUGUCCCUGCUCAGGACUGUGAGGACGGUCCUCCGGCCACAUAGUUCCUCUUCACUGAAGCUUGUGGUUGCAGAAUGACACAGAACCUGCCCCAGCACCUAAACUCAUCCUGCACAGGGAGUUCCCCAGGGGAUGAGGGUUGUGCAUCUGCCUCCUCCCAGAGAUCCCAGCAGAGUUAGGUUCCAGCCCAACCUGUUGCACUGGGGCGGAUUGUGAUGAAAAUGAAUGCGGGCAACUUAAGGCGAGCAGUCAGAGGAAGGCCUCCGAAAAUUCAGAUGGGAGUGAACGGUGAUGGCUGUGGAGAGGCAGCACGGAGCCAACGCAGCCCCACAAUCCCUGCGCGGAGCUGAAAGAGGUGUGCUGGCAGCGACCUCCUGCUGAAACCCUUUGAAAAGUCCCGUUUGCCACCAUUUCCCCAAAGGCUGAUCUGGUUCCGAAUGCAAAA